AUGAAGAAUCCUCUUCCCCUUAUUCCCAGUCCGACUCUUCCAAUUUGUAGAGUUCAGCAGGUGAAUCAAGAUAAAUUACUAGAAGAUUUCCUGCCCACCCUUGGGGUGUCAUCAAUAUUGGUCGAUAAGUUAAUACUGAAGUUGAACCAUCUGCUGCCGCUAGAGUACCUUACUCGCAAUAUAUGUUAUCAGGGCUAUAUGUUGGCCCGAGGUUCAGCUUUUAAAGGGGAGGAUGAGCGAAAGUUGCUCAAACUAGACUAUGCUAUGGGAACAUUGAGAAGCUUUGAUCGUACGCAGGACCAUUCGACGUUUGAUUCUUUCUACCAGGGAUACCGAUGGCUCUGUGAUAGGGAAAACAAAACAAGGUGCUCCCCCACUUCCUUUUUUUCUUUACACUUCACUUAA